UUUGAAUGUUGGCCUCUCAGUUGAGGUUUCGCCCUUGGCGCGACGAGAUAUAGCUUCAUUUUUCCUCCCGCCGUCUAUUCGCAAGUCGAACGAGUUGCGUCCGUGCGUGUUCUCUCGUCGUCGUCGUCCCGUCCGUGUUGCGUGUGUGCGAUAGCCAGCCUAGAGUUUCGUUUGGUCGACAGUCUCUUUUCUCCUUUUUCUCUUUCUCUCUCUCUCGGCCAUUCUCUCUCAUCUUUCUUCCGUUUGUUUUUUUUUUUUGUUUUUUCUUGUUUGGCCUCUUCUUAAGGUGUGCCUAACAUCUCUUGCCCCUUUAUAAUCCUGGGUGCGUGAGUUGGCGUGUGUGUUGCGUGUGCGUUGUGUUUUUUUUCUUCUCUCCUCUCUCAUCUCUACUCUCUUCGUGAGUGUGUUGUGCAUGUGUGUGCGUACAUGGUGUCGUGAUUUUUUCGACUGACCGGGUCACGACUUUUUUUUGGGUGCUCAACCGGAGAAGAAUAAGGAACGCAAAUUUUAAACAUUUUCUCGGCUCGCAAAACGGAAGCGGAAGUGCAGCGCGGCGACAACGACCACCAACAUUUGAGUUAGCCGAAAUUGUUUGAUUAUCGUCACCUGUUGUUUGUAUAAUAGGGGCGGGGAAAUAAGUAUGAGAUCGUCGGAUUGAAAUCAUUGAUUAAUAAGGAAGCAGCUCAUCAUCAUCCGCUACAUACCAACGCAGUCGGUUGAGUUUUUUGUUUGUUUUCGGACGGGAAUAAUUCUUGUUUGGCGCGCUCUCCCGCGUGAAAAUCAUGGCGAGAAGUGUCGGCACAGAUGAACAUCGCCGGAUGUCGGUGGUGGCCCGGCUGGGUUUUUUUUACUUGUUGAUCAUCGUCGUCUCAUGCUUGAGCAUCCUGCCGUCUUCGUCUGCCAAAACCCAGAAUAGCACCGAGUGGAAAAGAAAAGCCAACGCCAUCAGUCAUACCGCGACGGCCAGCAGCAGCAGCUUGAGUGAACAGAUGGCGAAAACGCCUCGCCAACAUCAACACAGAAAUCAUCAUCGCAACAGCAGAGUUGAAGCCAGUCUACUCCAGCAGCAGAACCGGACGGCUCUUCACCGGGAGAGUAGCAACAAGAACGCCGACGCCAGUGCAAACGCGACUAGAAUUGGCAGCGCGACCAAUAACAGCGAAGAAUUAUCUCCAUGGUCACCCUGGUCAAAGUGCAAUAAAAAGUGCCGUCAAAAUCGCCAGCGGAAGUGCAUCGGCAUCUCGUCGACGGACGCCGAGGCGCUGAAGCGAUGCGCCCAGCAUCACAUCCUCAAACAGGAACGGACGUGUCGCAAGGGCCGCUGCAAGCGCGGCGGACGGGCCUUCCACGUCGUCCUGCCGCCGAAGCGGGAGAGUCUCAACAAGCAGCCGACGACCACGGCCUCGUCCUCGACCUCUUCUUCUUCGUCGUCUUCGGCGGCGCAGAACCAGCAACAGUCGGACGUGCGCGUCCUGCUGAGUCUCAAUUCCAUUUUCUACUCGUCGUGGAGUCGGUGGUCUCCUUGCACCAAAGCCUGCACCACAACUCGCUACAGAACGUGCCGCUUUCAAGUGGUUUGCGGCAACACGGUCCUUCACGAGGAAGCCUACUGCUACACGGAGGGCACCGACUGCGAAAAAUGGUACAGCGGACGCUCGCGCUACACCAAAGAUGACGACAAGUAUGAACACAGUCCGACGGCAGCCCCUGAAAGAAGUAAUGGAAGCAGCAGUAGUAGUAAUAGCAACAACAACAGCAACAACAACAACAACAACAACAACAACAACAACAACAACAACAACAAGGGUCACAAGAAAGCCAAAGAGGAGCAAGAGUUGGGAAGCCAGCCAGAGUGUGGCGUUUCUAUGAGUGGCAGCGGAGGCGGCGGCGGUAGCAGCGGUGGUAUCAGCAACUUGUCGUACAAUUUGCAGCUGCGCAUCAUCGGCGGAAGGGAGGCGACACCGGGUAGGUGGCCGUGGCAAGUGGCUAUCCUCAACCGCUUCAAGGAAGCCUUUUGCGGAGGAACUCUCAUUGGAGCCCGUUGGGUCCUCACGGCGGCCCACUGUCUCCGGAAGAGACUCUACGUUCGCAUCGGGGAGUACGACCUAGUGGAAGACGAUGGCACUGAAAUGGAUUUCCGGGUGGAAGAGGUGUUUGUUCACCCAGAGUACGAUCCGGAGACGGUUGACAAUGACGUGGCCUUGCUACGGCUUCCUGAGGCCAUCAAGCUGGGCCAGCAGGGCAUUCGGCUGGCUUGUUUGCCCCAACCUGGCCAGUCAUUGCCCAUCACCCAAAAGUGCACCAUCAUCGGUUGGGGUAAAGAAAGAAGCUCACACGUUUUCGGUACCGAAGUCCUGCACGAGGCCGAGGUGCCCAUUGUGAAAACCUCGGCGUGUCGUGAAGUGUACGAGGAUUACUUCAUCACGGAGAACAUGUUUUGCGCUGGCUAUCGCAAAGGGCGGAUCGACUCGUGCGCCGGCGACUCGGGUGGCCCACUUCUCUGCUCGGUCGGCGACAGGUGGACCAUUUUCGGCAUCACCAGCUUUGGAGAGGGUUGCGGCAAGCGCGGCAAGUUCGGCAUUUACACCAAAGUGCCAAAUUACGUCAGCUGGAUCCAACGAGUCAUCGAUCUAAACGGCGGAAUCUAAUAAAACAAAAACAAAAACAAAAAAAGGAAAACCAAUUCCAGGAUCCGUUCUUAUAUAUAUACAUACACACCUUACGCAUAUUACAUCCGUCUUCCCGCGUGUCCACUGUCUAGAGAGCGAUCGCACUAAAUAAGCGCCGACAUCACACCCAGCCCAUAUAUUAUAUAACUUGUUUGUUUUUCAAAAUUUUGUGUGCGUGCAGCCCCCCUCUGAGAAAUGAACACAUAUUUAUAGAUUUAAAAAAAAAGAAGAAGCAUUAUAUUUGACUCAUCUCGCCAUGUGUUGACGACUAACUCUGUGUAAUACAUUAUGAAAGAAAAUUAACGAAACAAAAAAAAAGAAACCAACAAUAACAAAAACAAUUAAACAAAAAAAGAAACUUUCGUAGUCGGUGAAUUUAUUUGUUUUUUCAAAGAAAAAGCCGAUUUUUCAGUUAUUGCGUCACUAUAUCCUUAUACUACUUAUGAAAAAAAAAUUGUUGCAGUUUAUUUUGCUUCCCAAUUUUUAACGUCAAGACCCAUUAGCCCCUUUCCCCUCCUCCCUCCCCUUCUCCGCUGUAAAACUGUGAUAUGUGUGUACGUCUUUCCUACAAAACUAUUUUUUUUUUCAAACUUCCAGUGUUAUAUAUCUAACCCCAAAUAACGGGAAGAAGGGAUUUUGAAACGCGCUAAUAUCCAAGAUAAAUAAGCCUACAUCAUUUGCAAA